AUGGGACCAACAGUGACAAGGACAAAGACGCUGUCGAAAAAACAGAUAUCACGAGGUCCUGUCAUAUUUUGUGUGAAAGCAAACGCUCUAACGCAUUUGCAUGUCUUGAACCGAAACGCCCAUAUGCAAGUACUCACCAAGAAUUUGCGAUACAUUACCAAUGAUGACAUCAAACUCAAAGUCGAUCCUAAAAGUAUGAGGCUAGAUAAGAAAGCGAAGAAACCCUUAUGCAUCAUUAUGAACUGGAUGUUGGCGCGACCAAAUCACAUCAUGAAGUAUGCUAACAUAUAUCUGGAGCAGGGUUUUGACGUUAUCUCAGUGUACUGCUCACCGUGGCAAUUAAUGUGGCCCACUAAAGGAUCGCAGUUAGUUGGCAAGGACUUGAUGAAUUUCCUGGCAGAAAAUGGACAUACACCAUUGGCUCUUCAUGGGUUUUCUGUUGGCGCGUACGUGUGGGGCGAGGGUCUAAUAUAUGCUAUGAGAAAUAAGGACAAAUUUCAACCCGUGCUAGACAACAUGAAAUCACAAGUGUGGGACUCUGCGGCGGAUAUUACGGAGAUUCCAGUAGGCUUCCCGUCCGCGGUGUUUCCUAAGAACAUGGUCAUGCAAAAUGCUCUUAGAGCAUACACCAAGUUUCAUCUGAAGUUGUUUCACAAAGCCGCUACAGUACACUACUUGGCCUCUUCUGAAAUGUUCCAUCAUCCAGCCAGUCGUGCUCCUGCAUUAUUCCUGUUGUCUAAAAACGAUCCAGUGGGCGCAGAGCGUAGCAACCGUGAUGUUUACGACUGCUGGGUGAAGGAUGGGAUCCAGUGCACCUGGAAAUGCUGGGACCGUUCACCGCACGUUCUGCAUUAUUUUUAUCACUCCAAAGAAUAUCUUACAUUAUUGUACGAUCACCUUGACAAGAACGGCUUAAUUUCUGACCGACAAAAAAUGCAUGAAAGACUAAAAAAUAUCUAACAAGAGUCUUUCAAAAAUUGUUUCAACAAACUUUAUAGUUUAUUUUACAAUCUUUGUA